UUUGUAUUGAGGAUGUGACGCUCCAUUCCAAGAAGAGAAAAUAUAGGUCAAAUUUUCACAUACAUUUAUGUAGUUCGGCUUUAUUGUAGUAACUUUGUACAGCGGUCUCUUCUGACCAAAAUAUGAGAAAAAAAUAAUUAAUUCCUGCUUUUGAUUAACAAUUGAGCUUACUAUACAUUAUUGUUUGUCGUGAUGGUGGUAUUUGGGGAGCUAAGUAUUUUUCAAAGGUGAUACUUGUAAGAAAGUUUGAAGAAGAAUAUUAUUUUAUAAUCGUGAAACGUGCCUGUAGUAUUAAAUCGGCUAAAUUCACUGGGAGGAAAUUGCUCUAUAUAUAGCAAAAGUGGAACUGGAAACUAGCAGAGAGUGAGAAGUCUGUCGUUUUACACUUUGCACGUUGUAGUUGUGUAAUGACAGUUUUGAGUUGAGCUCACGUCGUCAGUUGGGUUCCGCCCUUGUUCGGAAUCGGAAACUAUCCAAAUCUUCCGAAAGCGAACGGAGAGAUGUGCACGAUGUGUUGACGUUUUAAAGCCUGCAUUUCGCUUUUCAACUCACCUUUUCCCCAACCCGGACAUGGAGCUGGACCGGCGGCUGUUGAUGGCUCACUGUGCCGCUCACGCCCUCUCCAUGGCGGCGGGAUUGCUGGUGGUCGUCCCCAUGGCUCUCAAUGGGUCGGCGUUUAAAGGCCGCUGUGCGCUUUUCUCCGGCGGUUACUGGACUAAAGAAGGACCGGGUGAGGGGGACGCCGGAGGCGUCGUGGCUCGUCUAGUGGUGCAGGAGUGGGGGCCGCCGGCGGCCUGCCAGUUCGCCACUUUCGUCGGCAUUUUCACAGUGCUGUAUGGAGCUGCACAGGGCUGGAGGUGCCUCUUCUACCUCCACGGUCGACAUGACGACACUUUGUUUUCGUCCUUCCUGACGGUGCUGCUGAGCGUGUGUAUGCUCUUCCUGUCGGGCGGCGCCAGCGUCAUCUUGUCUUUGGGUCUAGCCUCCUGGUGCGACACAGUGACCGACAACAAUACACAAUCAUUCAGCUGUGCCGCGUCACAGUCAGUUCCGCUUUAUUUGGAUGUGGACACCUCAUCCUUCUACACAGAACUUAGUCUGGCGCAGGCGUCUCUGUGGUUUGUGACGCUCUUGUGGUUGCUCCAAUCCAUGCUGGCCUUCAUGCGCCUCUACCACUCGCACAACGCGCCGUGCCUCUUGCGGGAAAAGGAGCUUCUUCUGAGGGACGCUCUGUCUGAAGGCUCCGCAUCCACCCCGCCAUUUUCAGAAACUCCAACUAUAAUGGUCUAAUCAUUCAAACAAGAUGUUUUUUUGUAUUAUCUUUUUUUUUCUUUUUAAACAUGUAAUUAUCUUCUUUACAAAAUGUACCUGAUGAUGACCACUUGUUGAAACCCAGUUUUUUUCAGUAAAUAAUAAUUACUUUAUUUGUUGUUAUAUCAAUAUUAAGAUGUAGCUAUGCAUGUAUUCACAGAAUCCUUUGAUGAGCAUUGUAGCAUCAAAAUUAAGUCAAAUGCGGAUUUUAUGUUGAAAAAAAAUAUUGGGGCACCCACCUCUUAGUAGUUAAGUAUUGACCACAGUAUGGUUUUAUGGUUUGAUACACAGUACUUUUGUUUAUUUAAAGCUUUACAAUGCAUAAAACAUUUGUAAGUGGUCAUUAUACUGUGUGUGAUGCAUUUAUACAAACACAAGUGUGGGGGAAAAAAAACACCAUCUUCUGAAUAAGGUGGCACUGUGCUAACUGCUCAAAUGUGGUUGCCACAAAUUGGAAUUAUCUUUUGUAUUCAGGUCAUAAUCAACAUUUGUAUUCAACAAAAAGUGUCACUGUGUGAUUAGAAAAAAACAUUUCUCCAUGUGUGUUUAACCAAACUGACCGUGUCACCGCUAAUGAAGAUUUUCGAAAGAUGAUGCUCUCCGUGCAGACGCGACUGAGCCGGCAAGAUGAGUUGAUGGCGGCAAUGACUUUGCUGAAGUUCAAGAAACAAAUUAUGCCAAGUCAAACUUGUUGUAAUGACACACAGAUAGCGGAAUGAGAAAUCUGAAGGCAAAAGAUUCAUGGACACUGUCACUUUUUGGAUUUUGUUACUUGCGAAAUGAAAACCAACGAUUUGUGCUUUUUACCUCUUGUGUUCUGUAAUAUUCAAUUCAAUUAACUUUAUUUAUCCCUUGGGAGAGUUCCCUCAUUCCUGUUUUUGCACCGUUUUAUCUUUUUCAAAAGGAAAUGUGUCAUUGAUCAACUAAAUAAAAAUAAAAGCAUGGAGCU